UGGCAAAUAGGUAAAAUGAUUGGUAUGAGGGUGUAGGAAAUAGCACUUGCAGUACUCUACAUAUACUCAAAGAGUCGCUGUUUACCGAGGAACAACCAAUAAUUCUCACCACCCAGGAAGAGUAAUGUUCCAGCUUUCCCUGAGACCGAAAAUCAUUGUUACAGAAGCUUGUGUUCACUGAGGACUGUACUCCAGAAUACAGCACCAUUUUAGCACACACCUUUGUUUAAAAUGAGAAUGGAAACGAUAUCUUCAUCUUCGAUAUUAUGUCGUUUGGCAUGGGUAUUCAUCAUCAUUCACGCUGUUAGGACAGAUUUAAGCUACACAUUCCCGGAAGAAACGAAGCAGCAAUAUGUGAUCGGAAAUAUAGCAAAGGAUCUUGGACUUGACGUGAAAAGAUUGUCUGCUCGUAAAGCUCGAAUAGAGACGGAAGGCAGCACUAAACGGUACUGCGACAUUAAUUUGAAUAGUGGAAAUCUUCUCGUAACGGAAACAAUAGACCGAGAAAAGCUUUGUGGGUCGAAGAUCUCUUGCAUUUACAAUUAUGAGCUUGUGUUGGAAAAUCCUCUUGAAGUGCACCGCAUUUCACUGCAGAUUGAGGACAUAAACGACAACGCGCCGAGAUUCCCUAAUAAUCGGAUAAUGUUUGAUAUCAAUGAAUUAGCCUAUAAAGGAAAACGUUUCCCUUUGGAUGAAGCUCACGACUCUGACAUAGGCCAAAACGCGGUUCAGGGAUAUUUACUUGAAAGAAAUGCUCAUUUUGUUUUGUCAAUUAAAGAAAACGCGGACGGAGGAAAAUAUGCUGAACUGAUUUUGGAUAAAGAGCUGGAUCGUGAACAGACGAAGGAAAUAGAUUUAAUAUUUACUGCGAUUGAUGGAGGGACUCCACAGAGGUCUGGCACUGCACUUAUCCACAUCAAUGUUCUUGAUGCUAAUGACAAUACCCCGGUUUUUAGUCAGUCUGUGUAUAAGGUUACUCUGGCUGAAAACACACCGUUGGGUGCAGAAGUAGUUACAGUGAGCGCUACAGACGCUGAUGAGGGCGUGAACGGAGAGGUCAGUUAUGAAUUUAGUCGAAUAUCUGAUACAGCAGCAAACAUAUUUUCUAUCGACAAGACAACUGGUUAUAUUACAGUAAAAGGAAAUAUUGACUAUGAAGAAGAAUCUACAUAUGAAUUAAGAGUUCAGGCUAAAGAUGGUCCUGGCUUAGCAUCCACUGCCAAAAUUAUUAUAGACAUUACUGAUGUAAAUGAUAACUCACCCAAAAUUAUUCUUAAAUCACUAAAUGACCCCAUUCCUGAGAAUUCUGUGAAAGGAUCCGAAGUCGCCCUAAUUAAUGUUCAGGAUAAUGAUUCAGGAGAUAAUCAAAAAGUCAGAUGUUCCAUUCAAGAAAAUGUUCCUUUCCAAUUGAACCCAUCUAUUAAAAACUAUUUUUCUAUAGUGACCACAAGCUUAUUAGAUAGAGAGAGGACAUCAGAUUAUAAUAUAACAAUUACUGCUACUGAUGGAGGCUCUCCACCUUUAUCAACAUCCAUGACCUUCCAUCUAUCUGUAUCUGACAUCAAUGACAAUCCACCGGUCUUUGAGCAGCUGUCAUACACUGCAUAUGUAGCAGAAAACAAUAAACCAGGAACCUCUAUUAGUUCUGUUAUUGCAAGAGAUCCAGACUGGAGGCAGAAUGGUACAGUACUGUAUUCUCUGGUGCCCAGUGAGAUAAAUGGUGUUCCACUGUCAUCAUUCGUAUCCAUUAAUUCAGAUACUGGAGUGAUCCAUGCUGUGAGAUCAUUUGAUUAUGAAAAAUUCAGAGACUUUAAAGUCCUGGUUGCAGCCAGAGACAAUGGUUCUCCUCCACUCAGCAGCAAUGUGACUGUGAGUGUGUUCAUAUCAGAUGAGAAUGAUAAUGCUCCACAGAUUUUAUAUCCUGCUUCAGAGGGAAAGUCUUUGAUGACUGAGAUGGUCCCUAAAACUGCCCUCUCUGGCUCUCUGUUAUCCAAAGUGAUCGCUGUGGAUGCUGAUUCUGGACAAAAUGCAUGGUUGUCAUAUCAGAUCGUUAAAUCUACUGAUCCAGGGCUUUUUACUAUUGGUCUCCAUAGUGGAGAAAUCAGGGCUCAGAGGGACAUUACUGAAUCUGACAGCAUGAAACAGAACCUUGUUAUCUCAGUAAAAGAUAAUGGACAGCCACCUCUCUCUGCUACGUGUUCUGUAUAUUUACUUAUUUCUGAUAAUCUUGCUGAAGUUCCAGAACUUAAAGACAUGACUUAUGAGGAGAGCAAUUCCAAACUAACUUUCUAUUUGAUCAUCGCUCUGGUUUCUGUUUCCACCUUCUUCCUGACUUUCAUUAUUCUGAUCCUGGCUGUGAGGUUUUGCCACAGGAGAAAACCCAGACUGUUGUUUGAUGGAGCAGUGGCCAUUCCCAGUGCAUAUCUCCCUCCCAACUAUGCAGAAGUGGAGGGAGCUGGAACUCUCCGCAGCUCUUACAAUUAUGACACAUAUCUAACUACAGGGUCACGCACCAGUGACUUCAAGUUCAUCACAUCUUACAAUGACACCACACUUACUGCUGGUGAAACUUUGGAAAAAGUAAAAAAUGAGACUUUAUCUGCAAGUUUGAUUACACUAAAUACAGGAGAGGGACAUGAGGACUAAUCUUUAGUUGUUUAUUAUGGUGCUUGUGAGAAUCAUGAUUUGCAUGUGUAAUUCUUAAAAAUAACCUUUUUUUAAUCAUUAGUCGAAAUCUUAUUGAUGUAUUCAGCUAUAGUGUGAUCUGAUAAACACAUUGCAUGUGAAUUGGGAUUGGUAUGUUUAUUAGUAACCUAUGAAUAAUGUCACACAAAUUUCAUAACAUAAACAUGUUUCACCUAAAACAUUUGUGCAUACCUUAUAUUAAGUGUUCAUUCUACCUGUACAAAUAUGCAUAAGCACUCCAUGUACUUUUAAUGUACCUAGUAAAGUGUUUAAUGAUAGAAUUUAUCAUUAGAAUGUAUAACAAAGGUUUUGCUUGUACACAAAGGUAGAUUUAGCAGUAUAUUUAAAAAAAUUGUAAAUGUUUGUCAUCAUGUAAUGGCAAAUUGAAUUAAAACAUGUAUACUGAAUCA